AUGUACUUCUCGAACCAAUGUUCCCAGCUGCAGGAGAAGGAGGACAGGUCGAGUCUCCUUGGUGUUGAAGUAGUUCUCGCCGUGUUCCCAGUAGCGCAGCAGCUCUACGAUUUUGACGUGGCCGUUCCGAGUCAACGUGGGGUCGGCACCGUGCUCGAGGAGCAGCUUGGUGGAAGCGAUGCGCCCGUUCUGACAGGCGAGCUGCCUAGUGCAGGCCGUGCUUAUGCUCGCAGUUUGACGCUUUUCAACUGCGGCUGCGUGGGCCAGCACCUUGCUGGUAGCGGUAAGGUUGGCGUUGCGCACGGCGUACUUGAAUGGUGUCUCCAGAUGGACGCAUACCGCGUUCGGGUCCACGCCGGACUCUCCCACGAUGGCGACCGAGCGGGUCUGCCCAUGCUUGAUGGCCCAGUGCAAAGGUGUGCUGAGGCGGAAGUUGCGUACCUCCAGGUUUGCGUUCGCAUCCAGCAACUCGACAAUCGCCGCAACGUUAUCUGCAUUGGCGUGAGGGUCUUCGAGCAGGACCUUCAGCGCCGACAGGCCGUCUUCGCACUCCGCUGCGUAGUGCAUGCUGGUCAUGCUGUGCUUAAGGAGUCAGGCGAGCUCGUUUUGGAAGGCGGAGUGCUUGAGGAGAAGUUUGAUGAUGGAGAUGCUCUUGGAGCGCACAGCGAGAGACAGGGCGUGAUCGGUCUCGUCUCCCGCUUUCUGCGCUCCCCGGGCGCCGACAGUUGUGCACCGGCCUAA